AUGUUUAAACCAUCGCGAUGUCUUUCCUCAAUAGUUCGCCGAACAAUCACGCAAACUUGCUACAAGCGAGUGCAUCUUACUGGGAAUGCCGCUGUAAAGAAGUUUAUUGACUCCGAAAAUGAUUACGCAAGUGCUGUUUUACGGAAUGUUGUACUCAAGCGGAGCUUGGAGAUACCGACCGUGGUGCCCGAAAUACCCGAAGAUAUGGACAACAUACUGCAAAUACACCGCGACUGGUGUGCUGGUGAGCCGGAAAAGGUAUUACUGCUUUUGAAGCACAUCGUUGCUUCGGUUCGACGCACGUGCGAUGAGACAUCACCGCUGGAAGAUGUGCGAUUUACCGAAUUCAUCACAACAUUCGUGAAGCUCGUGCCAACCUUUACCGACACACAGCUGUCCCAAGCACUGGAAACGCUAGCCUGCCUGGAGGAGAUCAAAACCAUUUACGAACCCAACUAUCUCCUUCUCUGGACCACGCUGGACAGUGAAUGUUUAGAGCGUGUCGCACUCUGGAACACGGAGCAGUUACUGCACUUCGCCGACCAAUGGUAUCCGCUCCGGUUGGUCAAGCAGGGCAAGUUCGUCUACAAAGCAAUCUGGAAGAUAAGCAAUAGACUCCGGAAACUUCCACCCGAACAGUUGCUGAAGACCGUGUUCUACAUAAAUCUAACGCGCGUCCCGGUGGAAAACAUGAUGGACAUCGAGACGAACUUCCAGCAAAACUUUGACGCGUUCACGAUCGAUAACAUCGCGGUGUUGUGCAUGGGGUUCUUUAAAACCGAAACUCCGAUCCGGAACAGUGAGUUGCUGGAGAAAAUUUACUACAAACUAACAGCGGAUCUGCCCACGGUGCACGACAUUGCACUGACGGCAAUUUUGAAGCUGUUGCGAUACUCGUCCCGCAUACCGAACGUUGCGUCGAUGCAGAAACUGCUAGAUGCGCUUGUACCGGAGAUACCGAGACUUUCGCUGCUGGCUUGUCUACAUGUGGCCCUGCUUGGAAGCGACAUUCACAUCUGCCAUCGGGGUACGCUGGAGUUGAUAGUGGACAAGUUUGUCGACAACAUGGACAAUCUGCGGCUGAAGGAUGCGGAGAGGAUUGCGUUCGUGCUAGCGCACGGUAAUAUUUCUCUAACGGACAACCGCGAAAUGAAGUUGCUGAGAGCCAUUCUAGCGGACGUACCGAACCGUGUGAGGGAAAUUGUACAGUACCCGAAAUGUUACGUAUCGCUGUUACAUUUCCUUUCGCUGCGCAACAUCUACGAUCCGGUGUGCAUUUCUGGGGCAUUCGAUCGAAGGUUCCUGCAGUUAGCGUACAGCAAAAAUAUUGGAGGUGCUGGUCGGGAAGCUGUUUCCCUGGAUGCAUUUAUCGCUAUUAAUCUAGCCAACGGGGGAGUUUACAGUGGGAAUCGUUUUCCGGAACCGGCGUUCCGGUUGGUGUGUAAGCUUACACAAGACUACCUGCCAAAUCCAAAGUACAAACUGACCAAAUCUGAUCGUAUGCUGUUGGAUAUUCAAGCAACCUUUACUACACUCUGGAAGGUGCCGUGCCAGAUAAUGCAUCUGUUGCCCCAUUAUCAGCGACCCGAUAUAUUGUUCUGCUUCGAUGAACGCACCCGGAAAGUUGUAGCACUAGGUGAACGAGACGGCGAGGCGUGUGUGCCCAAUACGCACGACAUUUUGAAGCGGGAGAACGUCUUAGGUGAGCGUAGUUGUGAUAAUAGUUUGCGGCUUGUUGCAAUCGUUGUUGGAUCGUGGAACUGUUACGUACGCAACGAUCGGCGCCGUACUGGAGGGUAUGCGAUGAAGCUGGACCAAUUAAAAAGACUUAAUUAUGAAACGAUUGAGAUACCUUGGUACGAGUGGCCGGUCUAUUCGCGGGACGAUAUGCGAAAGUAUCUCGAGGGUAAACUGUCACCGUUUCUCAGCGCAGGGACGGUAAAAAAACGUAAGACGGAGAUAAUGAAAUAA